GAGCGAUCUCGCGUUAACUGCGUCGGCGCGGGAGCAAGCGCUCUUUCCCAUAGCACCGACGAGAUGGCGGAGGUGGAGCAGAAGAAGAAGCGGACUUUCCGGAAGUUCACCUAUCGCGGCGUGGAUCUGGACCAGCUGCUGGACAUGUCCUACGAGCAGCUGAUGCAGCUGUACAGCGCUCGGCAGCGGCGCCGCCUGAACCGGGGUUUGCGGAGGAAGCAGCACUCGCUCCUGAAGCGGCUGCGCAAAGCCAAGAAGGAGGCCCCCCCCAUGGAGAAGCCGGAGGUGGUGAAGACGCACCUUCGCGACAUGAUCAUUCUCCCGGAGAUGGUGGGCAGUAUGGUGGGCGUGUACAACGGGAAGACCUUCAACCAGGUGGAGAUUAAGCCGGAGAUGAUUGGCCACUACCUGGGCGAGUUCUCCAUCACUUACAAGCCUGUCAAGCACGGCCGGCCCGGCAUCGGGGCCACCCACUCAUCGCGUUUCAUACCCCUCAAGUAGUCCUUCAGCCAAUAAAAGGCUCCCUCUCCUGA